AAAAUUCAAUAUACAAUGAAAAAGCCUUCGGCUAUUAAUGAAAAACUUUGCCAAGGUAAGGACGUAUUUGAGAGAAUGAAUUAUUUAUACCAAGCAAGUUUAUUUGUAUCGUCACAAAAUAUCUCUUUGGCAUCAUAUUACAGUUCUAUUUUAUCAGGAUGUGCCAAAAAAGCUGUACUUAGAAUAGAACACAAUGUCAAACGUUCUAUAUGCAAAGUAUGUGAAAGUCCGUUAAUACCUGGAAAGACGGCUAAAGUGCGUUUAAUGGCAAAAAAACAGAAAAUUAUUAAAACUAUAUGCUAUGUAUGUAAAACCAUAAAGAGGAUACCAAUAAAAAAGAAACAUACCCUGUGGUUUGAUCAACCUGAAUCAUUAAUAGAAAUAUUUGAUUACAACUUAAAGACAGAAACAAAUAAUUUUAAGACAUGUAAUAGUAGGGAUAGUAUUGAAAUUAAAUGCUAUAGUUACAACUGGCAAAAUUAA